AUGCUCUUCACAUCGAGUCUUCGAAAGGCCGUUGAGAACUACCCAACACCACCGGGCGGCUCAUCUGAAGAUGCUCAUCGGCAGCUUCUCGAACGUCGUCGCAAACAGAUGCUUCGACGACACACGUGUAGUACACUCAUCAAACAAGACACAUCUGCUUCACCGCAUAAGAUGAAGCCACCUAUUCUGAUGGAGGAAGAGGAUGAACAGCAUUCCACUGGGAAGCACUCGUCUAGAAAGAGCAGUUUUAAGAAAAGUGGAGCAAUAUCGAAGAGUGUCCUACCACCACCACUCCCACCAACUUCAAGCGGUCCACCAGCUGCCUCAUCGCGUCCUUUUGAUGAUUGGGGAGGCGCUUCAGAAGUUGCUGCUCCACCAUCCUACGGAGCCCAACAUCAUCAUCAGCCAACGCCAUCUGUACCGGAAGUCACUAGAUCUUCAUAUCCAUCACAGAAUGAUGAUUUUGACGAUGAAUGGACGGAUGAGGAUGAUGAGCAGGAACCAACUCGGCCCAACGUUCAAUCCUCGAUCGGCUCGAACUCCCGUCGUGACCUCAGCCGUAGCCACUCGGAACACGGUGGACCUGAUCGAGGAUCCAAUAAGGUCAACAAGAACAUCAAUCGAUUCUCGAAUUUUGUAAAGUCCGGAGUCGAAGCGUACGUGAUUGGUGAAUCAAAGACCACCUCACAGAUUAGUGAACGACAUGAAGUUGUGAUGAACAAUGGAAUUAUUCAAUGGAAACCGAUUCAACAGUACUACACGUGUAUAGUGGAUAAACCGAAGAAAGAGUCAAAGCUGAAAGGGCUGAAGAGCUUCAUCGCAUAUUCGAUUACGUCGAGUUUGACUAAUAUUCAGCGUCAGGUAUCCCGUCGCUACAAGCAUUUCGAUUGGCUCCACGAGCAGCUAUCGGCUAAAUAUGUGCUCAUUCCGAUUCCACCGUUGCCAGAGAAACAGGUCGCCGGAAGAUACGAGGAGGAUCUUAUUGAUCAUCGGAAGCACAUUCUUCAGUUAUGGGUCAACAAGAUUUGUAGGCAUCCAGUGUUGAGUCAGUCGGAAGUUUGGCUCCACUUUAUCAGUUGCACCGACGAAAAAGAUUGGAAGAAUGGGAAGCGGCGAGCUGAAAAGGAUGAAUACAUUGGUGGAGCUUUCCUGAACUGUAUCACUGUUCCACAUCAACCAUUGGAUCCGAAUAAUGUCGAUAUGCAAGUUGAACGAUUCCAACGGAGCGUCAAAACAUCGGAAGAAGCGAUGCGUGUGAUGCAGGAGAGAAUGAACAUGUUCCAGAAGGUCUUCGCUGGACCGGUAAAACAAAAUUGGCAAAAGAUGGGAAGCGCGUUCAAGACACUUCAGCAAUCUUUUGAGAUUGAUGAGACCGUUGCCAGUCGCCGCCUGACAGAAGCUCUCGCCUACACUGCAUCAGAAUAUCAUGAAAUUGGGCAAGUAUUCGAUGCGCACACGAAGAAUGACAUGGAACCAGUGCUUGAGAACCUUUAUUCGUAUAAGGGAACAGUGCAAAAUGUGCCGGAUAUUAUUCAAGUGCACAAGCAAGCUGUUCAAAAGUUCCGUGACAGCGAAGGACGUCUCUCGUCGGCCGAGGCUGAAAAGAUGAAGCAAAGAAUCGAUGCGAUGAGCUACACUGUAAUUGCUGAAGUUCAACAUCAAACAGCAGAGAAAGUGGAGGAUAUGAAAUCGACAAUGGGCACAUAUUUGAAGAAACAAGCAAUGUUUUAUCAGGAAGUGGCGACCAAGCUGACUUCAUUAGCCGCUAGAUAUGAUUGAUUUUUAUUGAUUUUUAUUAUUUGAUUGCCUUUUUGUGUCAGAAAUCGUUUUCCCCCCAUAAUUUCCCCCAUCAUUAAAAUCGAGCUAGCUUCUUUUUUUUUGAGUCAAAUUCCGAAUGUUCAUAUAUUUUCUUCCUACUUUCUAAUCCAUAAUUUUUUGUGCAAUUCUACUAAAUUCCCGUGAUUUCAACUCGCCACAUUCUUUGUACCAUAUAUGAUGAUUGCUUCGUUCACAUUUGAAAAAAAUCCCCUUUUUGAAUAUUUAUUCGCCUGGUUUCCCCCGUUUUUCUAGUUGCAUUAUGAGUUGAAAAAUCCUUUCAAUUUUUUUUUUGAAAGUCUGAAUGAAUUGUGAUGAAUAUGUACAA